AAAAAAAUGAUCAUUUCUUUUCUGAAAACUUAUAAACAUCAAGAUCUCAGCAAUUUUCCCAUGUGUAAACAUAACACCAAACCAAGUUGUACCAGUGUCCUUAACAUGUUUUCAUUUUCUGCCUUUAUCUCCCACAAAAUGGCAUCAAUUUCUCUCUUAGUUCUCACUUUCUCGAGCCUUAUUGUUCAUUCUACGUUUUAUCGGGUCUCAGCUUGGGGACACUUUAAUCCCACACAAGGGUUUGUCCCCCUUCCAUUAAAUAGUUCAAAUUUAAUUAUACAGAAGCCCUAUAAUGUGCAAGUAGAUCAACGAUCCAGCUUCAAAAAUGGCUACUACAAGCUGUGGGUGUUCUCCACAGACAAGCCGCACUCUCUCACCAGCAAAACUAAUCCACGAACUGAGAUCGGAAUACGUGGAUACAAUUAUUCUUCUGGUGUAUGGCAAUUCGAAGCAUAUGGCUAUGUCCCAAAUGGAACAUCAGGCGUUUGUAUUAUGCAAAUAUUUGGAGCUAGCCCACACGCCACAACCCUAAUGCUUAGGGUUUACAAUGGCUCGCUCUCAUAUUACAGAGAAGCAGUCAUAGUCCCGAACAUCUGCAACAGGUGGUUCAAGCUAAAUGUAAUUCAUGACGUGGAUAAAUCCAAGGUCAAGGUUUUCAUUAAUGGAAUUCUCAAGUAUGUGGCUCCUGGUCGUGGAGGUACCUCUCACUCUUUCAAAUUUGGAGUUUAUGCUCAAGAUGAUGCUUCUUACUAUAUGGAAUCCCGUUGGAAGAACAUCAAGAUUCUAAAAAAAUGUUAUUGAUUUGGCACUUUGUAUUUGGCUUAUUAAUAUAUAUAUUACGACUGGAUUGUGAGAAUAAAUUGAAGUAAAUAUUUAUCCAA